GAACAGUACGAAUCUUCCCGGAUAGUGAUUCGACCCGCGAUUGUCACCGUGUCAACAGACGUGGGAAAAUUGUGAUAAGUGGCGAACCCGUUCCCUCUGGAAGAGUGGAAUAGUAGUGCAAUAGACUGUUUAUUAGAGAGGAGUGUUGACACAAACGGUCGUGAUAAUGAAGACAUUUCUGCUCAUUACAUUGAUUUCGCUGGCUUCGGCUUCGCCGCACUUGCUGAAGAAAAAGCUGAUAUUUUCCACAGAUAGUGAUGGUGGUUAUGGCGGUGGUGGCGGUGGAGGCGCAGGUUCUGGUGGCUUCUCGAUCGGUGGAGGGGGUUUCGGAUUGAGCUUCGGCGGUGGACUGUCGGGUGGUCAUGGCGGAGGUGGCGGUGGAGGCGGUGGCGGCGGGUUUGGAGGAAGCACAUCCCAGGCCCAAGCUGGAGCUUUUGCUGGGACAGGUGGUGGUGGUGGUGGCGGAGGUGGUGGUGGAUACUCACCUUCGUACGGACAUGGCCAUGGUGGGCAGGGUGCAGUAAGCGGUCCUAGUGUAGGUCAUACGAAUAGCAAUAGUUUUGCCAGUGCUAGUGCGAGCAGCUUUGCCAGUGCCAGCGCUGGUGGACACAGCGGUGGUGGAUUCGCUGGCGGUUCUGCACCAGGUGGAGGUUCGGUUGGCUACGUUCCAAGUGGAGGACAUGGUGGACACGGAUCAAGUGCUAGCGCCGGUGGUGCUGGUGGAUUUGUUGGUGGCUCAUCGGGAUAUGCUCCGAGUGGCGGCCAAGGUGGUUAUGGCCAUGGAGGUCAAGGAUCUGUCGGAUUUACUGAAAAUUCUGGAGGUCAUGGAGGUGGAUGGACUCACGGGGGCUCAAGCUCUAAUGGUCAUGGAUUUGCUGGUGGUAGCGGAGUUACCGGUGGUUAUGGCGGAGGAAUCACAAAAGAGAUUACGAUUACCAAACAUGUAGAUAGACCGGUGCCAGCAAAGCCAAUCGUGAUAGAGAAACCCGUUCCCGUUCCUGUUGACAGACCAUACCCCGUGUACAUUGAAAAGGAAGUUCCUGUAACGAUAGUGAGAGAAGUUCCUGUGAAUAGACCAGUUCCGGUGCCAGUUGGAGGAUCCGUUGGUGGAGCAGCUGGUGGAGGAAGCUAUGCAUCGGCAUUUGCUGGAACCGGUAGUUAUGCUUCCGGAGGAAGCUAUGGAGCCGGUGGUGGUGGAGGACAAGGUGGUGGAUACGGUACUGGUGCAGGUGGUGGUGGAGGAGGUGGCCAUGGAGCAGGUGGAUACGGAGGAGGUGGCUACAGUGCAGGAGGAUAUGGUGGCGGUGGUGGCGGCGGUGGUGGUCAUGGAUUUACAAAAACGAUCACCAUUGAAAAGAACUUUAACAAACACAAGCACCAUCAUCAUGGAUGGUGAUAAGGAUGAUAUGAUAAUACUUCCUAAUACUAAUCGUACGUGAAUU